AUGUCCCUCUGGAGCAUCGUGUCCCACAUGCCGCAGGAGGAGUUCAGCGGCAUCUCUGCGGAGUUUCCCCGGAGCCUGCGCUGUCUCCUGGCUGACUGGCUGGAGAACCAGCCCUGGGAGUUCAUCAAUGGCUCAGAUGCCUUCUGCACCAGCGUGGCCAACAGGAUGCUCUCAUCCAUGCUGGAGAAGCUCCACAGUGCUGCUGGCAGCGAUGGGCAGCAGUGCCAGAUCCUCCAGCAAGUCAGCAGCAUCGAGAACACCUACCGCCGGGACCCGUUGCGCGCCAUCCUGAGAGCCGUCCUCGAGGGCGAGAAGGCUGCGGUGCUCAAGCGGGACCACCACCUGCCCCUCAGCUUCCACCGGCGGCAGGAGGAGCUGAAGUUCAGCUUGGGGCUGCAGCGGCUGCAGCACCGUGUCAAUGAGAUCCAGGCGCUGCAGGAUGGCUCCGUGGGCAAGGGGCCAGGGCGGGAUGGUGCCGUGCAGAGUCCUGUGGCCAGCGCUGGUCCCCAGGAGCUGCCCACCCUCAUCCUGGAUGCUGUGAAGGACCUGGAGGCAAUGAAACAGCAGGUCCUUAAGAGAAUCCAGAUAUGGAAGAGGGAACAGCAGCUGGCAGGGAACGGAACUGUCUUUGAGGAGAACCUGGCACCGCUGCAGAAGAGGUGCGAGAGCCUGGUCGAGGUUCACUUCCAGCUGCAGCAGCAGGUGAUGGUGGCGAGCACAGAGCUGGGGCCUGAGCUGCUGCCCCAGCUCCUGGAGCGCUGCAAUGAGGUGUUGUCCAGCCUGGUCAAGAGCUCCUUUCUGGUGGAGAAGCAGCCCCCACAGGUGCUGAAGACUCAGACCAAGUUCCAGGCAAGCGUCCGGUUCCUACUGGGCCCCAGGCUGCUGAAGGCAGCACCCAAGCCCUACAUGGUGCGGGCUGACAUGGUGACAGAGAAGCAGGCACGGGAGCUGGAGCACAGCACCUACAGCAGUGCUCUCAGUGAGAGCACAGGGGAGAUCAUGCACAACGUGGUGGCCCUGGAGACCAACCCCACCAGUGGGAUCUGCUGUGCCAACUUCAAGAACGUGCUGCUGAAGAAGAUCAAACGCUGUGAGCGGAAAGGCUCUGAGUCGGUGACAGAGGAGAAAUGUGCCGUUCUGUUCAGCACCACUGUGGCCUUGACCCCCAGCAACAUCUCUGUCCACCUCCAGGUUCUGUCUCUACCCAUUGUGGUCAUUGUCCACGGGAACCAGGACAACAACGCCAAAGCCACCGUGCUGUGGGAUAACGCCUUCUCCGAGAUUGAGCGGGUGCCCUUUGUGGUGGCUGAGCGGGUGCCCUGGGAAAAGAUGUGUGACACCCUGAACCGUAAGUUCAUGGCGGAGGUACAAACCACCACAGGACUCCUCAAGGACCACUACUUCUUCCUGGCCCAGAAGAUCUUCAAUGACCACAGUGCCAGCCUCAAGGACUUCCAGAGCCGCAGUGUCUCCUGGGCCCAGUUCAACAAGGAGAUGCUCCCUGGUCGGGGAUUCACCUUCUGGCAGUGGUUUGAUGGAGUCCUUGACCUCACCAAGAGAUGCCUCAAAAGUUACUGGUCGGACAGGCUCAUCAUUGGCUUCAUCAGCAAGCAGUAUGUCUGCAAACUGCUGAGCACAGCGCCGGAUGGGACCUUCCUGCUCCGCUUCAGCGACUCAGAGAUUGGGGGCAUCACCAUCGCUUACGUCACCCAGAGCAAGGACGGCUCCAGCCAGGUGGAGAACAUCCAGCCCUUCUCUGCCAAGGACCUGUCAAUCCGCUCCCUCGGUGACCGCAUCCGGGACCUGGGGCAGCUCCGCAACCUGUACCCCAACAUCCCCAAGGAUCAGGCAUUCGGGAGUCACUACAACAAAGAGCAGACAGGCAAGGAUGGACGUGGCUACGUUUCCACUGCCAUCAAGAUGACGGUGGAAAGCGAAAGGGACCAGCAGCCCUCAACCACCAUGGGGGGCCCCUCCGAGCCCCCCCAGGCGCCGAUGUGCAUCCUGCCCAUGCUGCAGCCCAAGCUGCACCCUGAGAGCCUGCAGCCAGUGCGAAGCCCCAUCUGUACCCCCACUCACUUCUACCCCCAGACCGUCCCCACUGGCUACCCCACACCCAACAGCAACAUCAACAUGAUGGUUCCCAGCAACCGCACCCCCUCCUUCCCCAGGCCCUUCAUGCCCAGCCAGUACAUGCCUGGAGAGCCCUCGCAGCUGCUGCCCGGGGGUCCCUCAUCAGAGGUGCAGGAUGAAGAGAUGGCUGAGCUGCCCUCGUUUCCCAUAGUGGACGCAUCAAUGCCGAGCUCUCCGCAGUGGCCUUUGCCCAGCAUGGAGCUGCCGUCCAGCUCAGACAUUGACCAGUUCCUGCAGGAUGUGUCCUUGGAGAACCCCAUGCUGUUGCCCUCCUUUCCACCUACCCUGCAGCGCAGUGGGUACCCCAACUCCAACCCCUCUUGCUGGGAGCUGGGGGAGACACGGUGGGAUGACAGCGUCCGGCCGGGACACAC